UCGUGUCCUUGGUCAGCUGCCUCAUUGCCGUAAGUCAAGCCAGCAUCAUCAAUCGCUGUGACUUGGCCAGGGCGCUGCACAAGGAGGACUUGGACGGGUUUGAAGGCUACUCCCUGAAUGACUGGCUGUGUCUGGCUUUUGUGGAAAGCAACUUCAACAUAUCAAAGGUAAAUGAAAACGCAGAUGGCAGCUUCGACUAUGGAAUCUUCCAGAUCAACAGCCACUACUGGUGCAACGAUUACCGAAGUCACUCCGAAAACAUUUACCACGAGGACUGUCAAGACCUACUGAGCCCCAGUCUUCUCUCAUCCAUCAUCUGUGCAAAAAAGAUUGUGUCCGGAGCAGGGGGGAUGAAGAACUGGUGAGGAGGACACUGGGGGACCAAGUUAGCAGGCAGAGUCCCAGGAAGGAUGUAGUGACAGAAAAAGGCACAGUAGGCAAGGACGAGAUCCUUUCAUAGUCCAGAAAGAUAUGGAAGAGUGGCAGGGCUUGGGACUCUGACUUACAAGACCUGGGAUCUGGGUCUUUCUCUGAUGUUGUAUUAAAACUCUUUUGGGGGGGCGCCUGGGUGCUUCAAUUGGU